AUGUCUCUGACCGAGAAGCAAGAAGACCUUCAAGUGGAAAACACUAGUAGCAAUGAAAAGAGCUUGGAUUAUCAAGAAAUAACUACAAAUGUGAAUUUUCCUAUACAAGACUAUGAAGUUCAAAGUGAAAGGGGGUUUGGUUUUGUUGAUGUGGACAGAACAAAUGGUAGUGGCUCAAUGAUGGCAUAUUUCAAUGUUGUCUGUGUAGUUGCCGGUUCCGGUAUUGUUGGACUUCCUUUGGCCUUAAAACAAGGUGGCUGGAUUGGUUUAGUUAUUCUAUUUCUUGCUUGGACCAUGUCCAUCUUUACUUCUAUUUUACUUACAAGGUGUCUUUACGCUAAUGGCAAAAAAAGAUUGGCCACUUAUAAAGAAGUCGCUACCUCGGCUUUUGGUAGAAUUGGUGGUUAUAUUACCUAUUUCUUCAAUGUUUGGAUUCUUCUAGGUGGCCCUGUUCUUUAUCUCAUCUUGUCUGGGCAAAAUAUCAACCAAUUGUGUCGUGGUACAGUAGCGGAAAUUGGUGUUGUUCCUUGGACUAUUAUCAGUUGUGCUGUAGUUGCCAUUCCUUUUAUUUGGCUCAAGACAAUGAAGGAAGUCGCUAUUGUUAGUGCUAUAGGUAUGGUAACUAUUCUUACUGUUGUUCUUGUGGUGUUGAUCAUGUCGAUUAUCGACAAACCCAAUCAAAUCGAUGUUCACCAUGAUAUUGUUGUUUGGGAUAUGUUUCCUAUUUCGCUCAGUACAAUUGCGUUUAGUUUCGGUGGUAAUGUAGUCUACCCUCAUAUCGAAUCCUCCAUGAAAAAGCCAAAGGAUUGGCCAAAAGUAGCUGCAGGAGGUCUCUCAACUUGUGUUGUUCUCUACCUUAUUGUUGCCGUUUGUGGUUAUGCUAUUUAUGGUGACAAAGUUAUGAAUCCUAUCUACAACUCUUUACCUGAUGGAGCUGGUCAAAUUGUUGCUUGCGUAGUUAUUACACUCCAUGUCUUGACAUCCGCACCAGUUUACACAACCUCAUUCAGUCUUGAUAUCGAAGAAAUGUUAGGAAUUACAACAGAAAGAUUUGGUAAAACAAAAGAAUUUCUUAUUCGUGCAGUGCUGCGUAUCUUGAUUAUGUGUGUUGUUGCUGUUAUUGCUUGUACUGUGCCUCAUUUCAGUAUUCUCAUGUCACUUAUUGGUGCAUUCGGUCAAUGUUCUCUUAUUUUCGUGCUCCCUGUCAUGUUUUACCUCAAGCUGACUGGCUUUAGAAACAAGCCAAUUUACUUUUUGGCCUGGUGUUUCCUAACUGUACUUUUAGGUAUUGUGGGUCUUAUCUUUGGUACAAUAGAAGCAGUACGCGAAUUGAAGGACGUAUACUAG